UGUUGACAAUAUGUCCGAAUUAAGACGUUUGUGUGGCUUUAUGGUGUGUCUCUCUUUUAGCUUUUUACACAUCACGACUAUGUUUCCUUUGAAGUAGACUGUAUAUAUAGUAUGCCCAUCGAAGUUUAUCGACAUAAAGCUUGUACAAUACCUCUUUAAAAGCAAUAGACGUUGAUUUCAAGGUUCAAAUUUAGGUACAUAAAAUACAAUCGGGUGACGCAGUGAGCAGGAAAGUACAUAAUACAAUGUUGAAGAAGGUCGUUAUUGGAGGUGGCUCGGGGUAUGUAGGCGGGCUCAUAAAGAAAGCCCUGGAGAGGAGAGGCACAGAGGUCAUAGUCCUGUCCAGAAGCGCGGGGGCUGGUAGAAUCACUUGGGACGAAGUCAGGGGCAAUGGUCUACCCGAGUGCGAUGCGGUUGUUAAUUGUUCGGGCCAAAAUGUUCUCGAUUUUACAAAGAGGUGGACACCCGAGUUUGAGAGGUCAGUACGAGAGUCUCGCAUUGAUAGGACGAGGGAUCUAGCGAAGAGCGUGGCUGCGAUGGCCAAACCACCGAAAGUCUUUGUUGCCACGUCCGGUAUCGGUUAUUACCCCACUUCGGCCCAAAAGACAUACGAUGAGAGCUCAGAAGGAGGUGCAGGAGAUUAUUGGUCUGCCCUCAGCCAAGAGUGGGAGGACAGUGGAAAGCUCCUGGCGUCCGUUUCGACGCGGCAUGCCAUUGUGCGGUUGUCUGUAGUGCUGGGUCGGGAUGGAGGUGCCUAUCCCCAGAUGAGGUUUCCGUUUGCAUUUGGUGUAGGAGGCAACACGGGCACAGGCGAGCAAUGGUUUCCCUGGGUGCAUGAGGAAGACAUGGUGGGGAUAUUCCUGCAUGCCCUGGAGAAUGACGCGGUGAAAGGCCCUAUUAAUGGCAUUGCGCCAGAGUCUGAUACCAACGCACAGUUUGUUCGUAAGCUUGCUAGCAUCAUGCACCGCCCGUACCUAUUCACUGUUCCGGGUUUUGUGAUGUCUACACUGCUUGGGAAGGACCGAUCGGCAAUGUUAUUGGAGGGACAAAAUGUGAAGCCAACGGUUGCCAUGGAGACGGGGUAUCAAUUUAAGUAUCCCGACUUGGAGUCGUGUAUAAAGGCGUUAGAAAGUUAAGAUUUUAACAAUAAAACGAAAAAGGAAAACACCAUGAG